CGCUUCUCGGUGUUGGUGGCCGAGGCGCAGAGUUGGUGGCGUCGGUUGUGAGGAGAUUUGACGAGCCGAGGGAUUUUAUCGGUGACUUUGAGCGUCCACAACAAAAUUAAACGACGAGGAGGAGCACUUGGGAGUCGAGAUAAAAAGUUGAGGCGGUCGACGCUGACGGAAGAGAAGUGCGAAAGGAUGUAAAUAGCGCUGGCGGGGAGGCAGCAGCGCCAUGUACAGCGGCAUGCGGGGCGGCGGGACCGGCCAGGGCGUGGGGCCUGGCGGGGUGGGCUCGGUGCUGCCGGUGGUGGGCGGGAAGUCGCUGAGCGGCGGUGUCGGCGGCGGCGGUGGCCGGGGCCACCACCGCGCAAGCUUCUUCAUCCUGCUCAAGGACCAAGAUGUGGACGAGCGGUGCGGGCCCGUGCCCAAGGGCAGCAUCUGCUUCACCGCCGACGGGCAGGACAUCUGGGAUGCGCAGGGACGAACAAUGCUUGCUGUGACCUUUGUGGACUACCUGGACACCAUCGCCAAAGUGCUUCCAAAGGCAUUGAAUGAGCUGGAGGAGGACCUGGCGCUGUGCCUCAUCGCGAUGCCGUCUCGUGAGGACCGCUUGCGCGUCGUCGGUGACGCCGGGCGCCUGGAGAUGCUGCGCUCGCUGCGCCCCGGCGCCGUGGUGCGCGUGAACCUGGCGGUGGCCGGGCCGCGCGAGGCCAUCGGCGUCGUGCGCUACUGCGGCCCGCUCGACGACCGGCCCUUCUCCGGCACCAGUUUCGGCAUCGAGCUGCAGGGAUAUUACCGGGGCAAGGGCGUGACGGACGGAACGUACAGCGGCAAGCGCUUCUUCACGUGCGACGAGGAGUGCGGCGUCUUCGUGCACCUGAACCGCAUCGUGCGUUUGGAGAGCGAGGACGAGAAGGACUACCUGUACCCCGAGCGCGUCAGCGUGCUGGACAGCCUCUCCCUGGACGGCAACAGCUAUAAUGCGCUGGGACUGGGGGGCAGCGGCGCUAACGGGGGGCCCUCGGCGCCGAGGCCGAUGAGGCCCAGGAGCACGCGGGACUUGUCGCCCGAGCACGGAGCCCAACUGCCGACCGUGCACUCGGGAAGCCGGUACGCCGCGGGGUCGGACCUGACGUCGCAACAGUAUCAGAAGGACCCCUCGCGCAACAGCUUGGCCGUGGGCAAGCGGCUCGCCCACCAGAGCUACAAGGCCAUCGGCGAAGGCCGCUCCUUCCUCAACAACCACAUGCACAACAGCGGCAUCGGCAACCACGCGCCCGACUUAAAACGCGGCCUUGGCGGCAGCCUCGUCGCCCCAGGGGACGGCGCCGCCGACGACUAUCUCCCGUCGAAGUACGCCCAAUCGGCCGAGACGUCUCUGCAGACGGGCGGCCGCAGGGGCGGCCCCGUGUUCUCGUCGUCGCCGCCGCCGUCGUCUUCGCCGGCGGUGCUUGGGCAGUCGAGGGGUUUGGGCGGCAGGCAGAGACCGGGGAGCGAGCCGGCAAGCCAGUUCUACAACACGCUGGGCGGCACGCCCAUCGGGCAGAACUCGCAGACGACGUGGUACUGCGGCUCGCCGGCUGACCCAGACGCCGUGACGAGCUUGGGCGGGCGAUUCAAGUCGGAGCUGAGCCUGAAGCCGCUGCGGCCGCACGUGCCGCACACGUGGCCCGACAUGGGCCUGCGUUCGCUCGGCGACGCGGCCAGCGUCACCAGCGGCUUGGGCAGCAGCUGUUCCGUGGGCGGUGGCGGCAGUGAAGGUUUUGCCGCCGUGCCGUUUAGUUCGGGGCGGUCUCGUCCCUCGCUCUGCAAGACCAACUCCAACAUCGCGCCUUUCUUCCCGGCCGCUGAGAUGGUCGGCGGCCGGACGGCAGGCGAGGGCCGCCCUAAGAGGCUGCCGGAAGACAACGGGCCUGGGCCUCCUGGCGGCCUCACCGAUCCCGAGGCCCCUCCGUCGCGUCCCCGCACGCUCUCGGACCCCGCGGCGGCGGUGGCGGCGAACUUAGGCGGCCUCGUCGAUCGGUCGCCGGCGACCCCUCCGACCCCGUUGUCGCCCUCGCCGGUCGGGGGCAAAUACGAGCUGGAGAAAGGCUCGCUGGUGGAGGUGAUGGCCAAGGAGAUGCGCGUGUUCGGAGUCAUCCGGUGGAUCGGCGUGCCCCUGGGCUUGGACGAGACGCUGGCCGGCAUCGAGUUGGAGGAGGAGAUGCAGGGCUGCACGGAUGGAACCUUCAAACAGCACCGCUUCUUCACGUGUCCGCUGGGGAAGGGCUUCUUCAUCCAGUUCACGAAGUGCCGUCCGGACUCGCGCUUCAUGUCCGUGCCGCACAUCGGCCUCGACCCCGUGCAGCGCUGCAACUCGCUCGCGUUCAGCAACUACCGGAGCGAGCGCGUGGAGGGCGAGGUGCCUCCCCCUUCGGAGAAGGAGGCCACGGCGGUGGUGUGCGGCCGCACGAAGGGCAUCCAGGGCCACUACAACUCCUGCUACCUGGACUCCACGCUCUUCUGCAUGUUCGCGUUCAGCACGGUGUUCGACGGCAUGUUGCACCGGCCGCAGCGUUCCAGCGACCUCAAAGAUUACCCUAAGGUGCAGCAGCUGCUUCGCGAGGACAUCGUGAACCCGCUACGCAAGAACGGCUUCGUGAGCGCCACCAAGGUCAUGCAGCUGCGGAAACAGCUGGACAAGAUCGGCUACGUCACGGGGCUGACGUGCGAGGAGAAAGAUCCCGAGGAGUUUCUCAACACCCUGUUCCAGCACGUGCUGAAGGUGGAGCCCUUCCUGAAAAUCCGAUCUGGAAACAAGGACUUCCAGGACGGCCAUUUCUACCAGAUCUUCACGGAGCGUGACGAGCAGGUGAAGGUGCCCACGGUGCAGCAGCUGCUGGAGCAGUCGUUCCUCGCCGCCGACCUCAAGCUCGUGGAGACGCCCUCCUGCCUCAUCGUGCAGAUGCCCAGGUUUGGCAAGGACUUCAAGAUGUUCAACAAAAUCAUCCCCUCCCUGGAGCUUGACAUAACGGACCUGCUGGAGGACGCGCCGCGUGAAUGCCACAUCUGCGGCGGUCUCGCCGAGGAGGAGUGCAAGGAUUGCUACCACGACCCAAGGAUGGGACCCAGUUGCCUCAAGCAGUUCUGCUCAAUGUGCAACAAGCAGGUGCACAACCACCCCGACCGGCAGCAGCACCGCUCGGUGCGGAAGCUCGUGGUGACGGAGGAGGUGCGCGCCGCGUUCCUGGGGCCCGGCCGUCAGCGUCGGCACGGCGGCGGCGGCUGCCUCGGCGUGGCCCGCGAGAAGCUGGAGCUGUUUGCGGUGCUCUGCAUCCAGACGAGCCACUACGUCGCCUUCGCCAAGCACGGCCCCGCCCCACAGUCGUGGCUCUUCUUCGACAGCAUGGCCGACCGUGAAGGCGGGCAGGAGGGCUUCAACAUCCCGGAGGUGCGCGAGUGCCCGGAGGUGGCGCAGUACCUGAGCAUGCGCCCCGAGGAGCUGGAUGGCCUGGACCCGCGCGUCAUGGAGGGCCCGGCGUCGCGCCUUCUGUGCGACGCGUACAUGUGCAUGUACCAACACCGCGACAUGAUGCUCUACAAGUGACCGUUGCCGCCUGCUCGCCCGCCCGAUCCGCAUCCGCCUGCUCGCCCGAUCGCCCGAUCGCCCGCCAGAUCAACCGCCCACCCAACCACCCACUCACGUCUUCAACUCUCUGUUCUUAUUCUUUCCCAUCUGAGGGUUCUCCUUGCUCAUGCGGACUCUUGGGUCCCUUAUGUCCUUCUCCUCCUCCCCCCGGUCGAUCGGUGCCGCCACCAUUGGGUACAGCAAAACGUGCAGUGCGAGACGUUACGGAGAGAGCGUUGAGGCUGUACGUAGCUCUCGAUACGGACGAGAGGGAGAUGUCGGGCAAUAAUAUCCGCUAUUGGUUUUAUCGCACGAUAAGGUUAUUUGCAAAUUGGCGAUCGUUGACCAUAACGGGAACAUUUGUAAUUUUCCUUCAAUUGUAACGUCUGCAAUGAAAUCGCCACGGUGCCGAAUUCACGAAACCCGACGGCCCCUCUCUUGGUAGGUUCCCAGAUCGUGGCCUUUCUUCCGGCUCCAUUCCAUGAUUGCUCCUCCGUAGCUUGGAAGCCCCUUCCCCCGGCUGUCCGUGCUGUCGAUUCCCUGCCCAAUGACUGUCACUUCUCCUACAUGUGUGGCAAGAAUAACUUCACGUUGGUUUGUGCGGAGAGACUUGCUGCGCACUUGCAUUUAAAUGCAGUGAAAAUUCAAAUCCGACUCUGCCUGCUCCCCCUUCUCUCCCUUCUACACCUGCCCAGUCUCUCUCCCCGUUGUUCUCUCCACUUCACUGCCCUUCUCUCCCUAAGGAUUCUCUCCCCCUCCUCCUCGCACACCCCCUUCUCAUUACUUCUCCACUCUUCGUCAUCUCCCUCCCUCCCCCUUCCCUCGUUCUUUCUCAAGGGCACUCACAAUUUGCGUGGCUGCUCGCGACUUUCAACACUCGGGGGAUGGGGGGGUGUGUGGAAGUUUCGUCUCGUCUGUUUCGGGUCAUCUUCCCAUACCCCAAAGAGAUGUGUAUACAUUUUUUGUUAUCUCGUUUUUUGUUUUGUUUUGAUCGUUUACGUUAUUAUUAUUAUUAAUGUUUUUGCAUUUAUAAUUUUUUUUGUUAACAUCGGUCAUUAUGAUCGGUUGUCGGAAUUUUCUUUUUGUAAUUAUUGUUGUCGGGGUCUGAUUUCUGGUGUUUUUAUUGCGUGCAAUGUCUGUUGGAUUUUUACUCGCAACCCCGUCAGCCGGGACGGGACUGUCCGACGUUUGUAGCCGCGCUCGCGCCCGAUACAGCCAGAGAGUGCGAGGUGCCGCCUUCAUUCGUUGAGCCUCGCGGGAAAAAAGCUGCGUCCGUGGGCAAGCCACCCGCCGCGGCCGCCACUUUUCCCAAACCUCGCUCGCCACCGUACACCACAAGCAGAACCGGCUGAUUGUCGGCGAA